GAAAGUCACUUCUCUCUAUCUCUCUCCUCUUUAUCUUUUCUUCCUCUUCUUCUACUCCGCAGCUUUUUUCUUUUUCGAGCUCUGGUUGUGAGAUGGGAGAAGAAACCCUAGAGUAGUUUCCUCGAAUUACGAGCAGUUUCUGUCAUGAAAGCAACGAGUUUUGGGUGUAAUCUAGCCUUUUCAGUCUUCUAGGAUAUUGCACAACGCGUAAUCAAAAUUGAGCUUAGUUUGGGGAAGAAAAUGUCGUCUUUAAGCAGAGAAUUGGUGUUUCUUAUACUUCAGUUUCUCGAAGAGGAGAAAUUUAAGGAGUCUGUGCACAAGCUUGAGCAAGAGUCGGGUUUCUUCUUCAACAUGAAAUACUUUGAAGAGAAAGCACAGGCUGGUGAGUGGGAUGAAGUGGAGAAGUACCUCUCCGGCUUUACGAAAGUAGAUGACAAUAGAUACUCCAUGAAGAUCUUCUUUGAGAUUAGAAAGCAGAAGUAUCUUGAAGCUUUGGAUAGGCAUGACAGAGCUAAGGCUGUAGAGAUUCUAGUGAAGGAUUUGAAAGUGUUUUCGACGUUUAAUGAAGAAUUGUAUAAAGAAAUCACUCAACUUUUAACACUGGAUAAUUUCAGGGAAAAUGAACAAUUAUCCAAAUAUGGUGACACCAAAUCAGCACGUAGCAUAAUGCUGAUAGAGCUUAAAAAACUGAUAGAGGCAAAUCCUCUGUUCCGAGAUAAGCUGGUCUUUCCCACUUUAAAGACAUCAAGGUUGCGAACUCUAAUAAACCAAAGUUUGAACUGGCAGCACCAGCUCUGUAAGAAUCCACGGCCGAACCCAGACAUUAAGACCUUAUUCACUGAUCAUACAUGUGCACCUCCUAAUGGGGCUCGUGCUCCUACUCCAGUCACUCUGCCAGUUGCAGCAGUUGGCAAGCCUGCCACAUAUGCACCACUUGGAUCACAUGGCCCCUUUCCACCUGCUGCAGCAGCUGCCAAUGCUAAUGCCUUGGCAGGCUGGAUGGCAAAUGCAACUGCUUCAUCAUCUGUCCAAUCGGCUGUUGUUGCUGCGUCGUCAAUUACUGUUCCACCAAAUCAAGUUUCAAUUCUUAAGCGUCCAAGAACACCUCCAAAUGCUUUAGGUAUGGUUGAUUACCAGAAUACUGAUCACGAGCAACUAAUGAAACGUUUGAGGUCUGCACAACCUGUUGAUGAGGCGACGUAUCCGGCCCCUCUUCAACAAACAUCAUGGUCAUUGGAUGAUCUGCCUCAAACAGUAACUUGUUCCAUCCCUCAAGGAUCCAAUGUCACGAGCAUGGAUUUCCAUCCUUCUCAUUACUCUCUGCUUCUUGUUGGUUCUGGCAAUGGAGAAAUUACUUUAUGGGAAAUUGGGUUGCAAAAGAGACUGGUGGCAAAGCCAUUCAAGAUAUGGGACAUGUCAACGUGUUCAUUACAAUUUCAGACUGCUAUCGUCAAGGAUUCAUCAAUCUCUGUCACUCGUGUAACAUGGAGUCCUGAUGGAAAUUGGAUGGGGGUUGCAUUUACAAAGCAUUUGAUUCACUUAUAUGCUUAUCAAGGGCCUAAUGAUCUCCGCCAACAGUUGGAGAUUGAAGCUCAUGUUGGUAGUAUAAAUGAUCUAGCAUUCUCUCAUCCAAACAAACAACUUUGUGUAGUAACUUGUGGAGAUGAUAAACUUAUAAAGGUUUGGGAUUUGAGUGGAAGAAAGCUUUAUACCUUUGAAGGCCAUGAGGCACCUGUUCAUUCUGUAUGCCCUCAUCACAAAGAGAACAUUCAGUUUAUUUUCUCAACUGCUAUUGAUGGGAAAAUCAAGGCUUGGCUUUAUGACAAUGUGGGCUCCAGAGUUGACUAUGAUGCUCCUGGACAUGGGUGCACUACAAUGCUUUAUAGUGCUGAUGGAAGUAGAUUGUUCUCUUGUGGAACGAGUAAAGAUGGUGAUUCUUUCCUGGUUGAAUGGAAUGAAAGUGAAGGAGCAAUAAAGAGAACUUAUCUUGGAUUUAGAAAGAAAUCAAAUGGUGUUGUACAGUUUGACACAACACAAAAUCACUUUUUGGCUGCUGGUGAAGAUCAUCAGAUAAAGUUUUGGGAUGUGGACAAUGUAAACAUUCUCACAAGCACAGAUGCUGGGGGUGGACUCCCGAGUCUGCCUCGCUUGAGAUUCAACAAGGAAGGAAAUCUUCUUGCUGUUACCACAGCAGAUAAUGGCUUCAAGAUACUAGCAAAUGCUGAUGGUCUCGGAUGUUUGAGAGCAUUUGAAAACCAGUCCUUUGAAGCACUGAGAGCACCAAUUGAACCUGCUCCAGUUAAGGUUUCUAGUGCUGCUGUUGUUAGUAAUAUCAAUACAAAUAUGACACGACUGGAUCGCUUAGAGAGAAGCUCUCCUGCAAGGCCUAGUAAUAUGCUUAAUGGGGUUGAUCUUACGUCUAGAUGCAUAGAAAAGUCAAGGUCUUCGGAUGACAUAUCUGAAAAAACCAAACUGUGGGAGUUGACUGAAAUUGUGGAUCAUGGUCAAUGCCGAGUAGUUACCAUGUCUGAGAAUGCAGAUCCUGCAUGCAAGGUUGCACGUCUUCUUUACACAAAUUCUGGUGUUGGCAUUUUGGCUCUUGGGUCAAAUGGGAUUCAAAAACUAUGGAAGUGGGGCCGCAGUGAACAAAAUCCAAGUGGCAAGGCCACAGCAAGUGUUGCUCCGCAGCAUUGGCAACCAAGCAGUGGUCUUCUUAUGACUAAUGAUGUCUCAGAUGCCAAACCUGAAGGAGUCCCAUGCAUAGCACUCUCAAAGAAUGACUCAUAUGUAAUGUCCGCUCGUGGGGGGAAAGUUUCACUUUUCAACAUGAUGACUUUCAAGGUGAUGACAACAUUCAUGCCCCCUCCACCUACAUCAACCUUCUUAGCAUUUCAUCCACAAGAUAAUAAUAUAAUAGCAAUUGGAAUGGAGGAUUCUACGAUCCACAUUUAUAAUGUUAGGGUGGAUGAGGUGAAGACAAAAUUGAAAGGUCACAACAAGCGUAUAACUGGUUUGGCUUUUUCCACCAACCUUAACAUACUGAUUUCCUCUGGAGCUGAUGCUCAACUUUGCAUCUGGAACACUGAUACAUGGGAGAAGCGGAAAUCGAUUUCAAUCCAACUGCCUGCAGGAAAGGCUCCUAUUGGUGACACUCGAGUACAGUUUCACUCUGAUCAAGUCCGCCUAUUGGUAUCUCAUGAAACACAACUUGCAAUAUAUGAAGCCUCCAAGAUGGACCGCAUUCGACAGUGGGUGCCACAAGAUGUACUUCCUGCACCCAUUUCUUGUGCAGCAUACUCCUGCAACAGUCAGCUUGUUUAUGCUACUUUUUGUGAUGGCAAUAUUGGUGUUUUCGAUGCUGAUGGCCUGAGAUUAAGAUGUCGUAUUGCUCCGUCGGUAUAUCUGUCCCAAACAGUGUCAAGCAGCAACACUGUAUACCCCCUUGUUGUUGCGGCACACCCUCAAGAGCCAAAUCAAUUGGCUGUUGGGUUAAUUGACGGAUCUGUGAAGGUAAUAGAGCCUGCAGAGUCUGAGGGAAAGUGGGGAGUUACAGCUCCUGUAGAUAAUGGGAUACCCAAUGGCCGGACGGCAGCAUCAUCAACCACUAGCAACCCAGCUUCUGAACAGAUCCAAAGAUGAGUAUCAAUGUAAUUUAUCUCAAUUUGUAUUUUAUUAGUUGUACAAUAGUGGGUUUUUAACCUUAAUUGUGUGCCUCAGGGAGUACAGAAAUGGUUAGACCAGGAUGGCAUAUGUACACUCUGUUAUUGCUUGUAAUCAGUGUCACAUAUUUAUUCUUUGAAA